AUGGCACUCUCCUCAAUAUCAGUCAUAGCAGUUAUUGCUGUAUCCCUACUCUUCUACAAAGGCAUUAUAUACCCCGUCCUCCUCUCCCCAUUGUCAAAGAUCCCAAAUGCACACUGGUCUUCCCCGAUAACGCCUGCGUGGAUCCUAUGGAAGCGGUUCAGAAGCCAGAAUAACCGGACCAUUCAUGCAGCUCACGAACGACUGGGCCCUAUUGUGAGACUGGCACCGGCAGAGAUCUCAAUCAACUGCGUCGAUGGUGGUAUCAAGUCCGUCUAUACCGGCGCUUUUGAGAAGCAUGAAUGGUACCCCAGAGUGUUUGGGUCAUUUGGAACCAUCAGCAUGUUCACCAUGACCCGAAACAAAGACCAUUCAUUCCGCAAGAGGAUGCUGUCAAAUAUCUAUAGCAAGUCGUUCCUUCAGUCGUCGCCGCAUAUGCGUCUGAUCUCGGAGACCAUGCUGUUUGAGCGUUUUCUGCCUCUUGUCCAUGAAGCGGCAGUCUCCAACAUCCCGAUAGACAUGCACGAGACCGGUCAGGCGCUGAUAAUGGACUUCGUUUCCGCGUACAUAUUUGGUCUAACAAAUGGUACCAACUUUCUCAAAGACGAGUCUUACCGGCGUAAGAUUCUCGGCCUGUAUUUCUCCAGGAAGCCAUAUGAGUUCUAUUACCAAGAGAUCCCGAACCUGGUGUCUUGGUUGCGUUCUCUUGGAGUUUGUUUGAUACCGAAUUGGUGUGACGAAGCGAACGAAAGGCUUGAUGCUUGGUGCUUAGACCUGUGUGACAAGGCAGACCAAACUGUCGGAUCCACCAAAUUGGAAGAAGAGCCGGUGGUCUUCAAACGGCUGAAGCAGAGUAUCGCGAAGCAUCUACCAGACGGGAGAUACGACCCAGAGUCUCAUGAAAAAAGCGCCAAGCAGCAACGCUUCGACAUAGCAGCCGAGCUAUAUGACCAACUCACAGCUGGCUUCGAGACGAGCGCAGUCGCCCUAACAUAUCUCUUCUGGGAACUCAGCAAGAGACCUGAUCUACAAAAGGAGUUCCGUGAAGAGCUCCUGACCCUAGAACCUAGGAUUACGUAUCCUCGACCUCCCACAUUCACAGAGCUGCCAUCGCCCAAAUCUAUCGACUCCUUGCCUCUCCUUGAGGCAAUCAUCACAGAAACGCUGCGUAUUCAUGCGCCGAUCCCAGGAAUUCAACCUCGAGUGACACCAUUGCCAUCCUGUACUCUGGCUGGAUAUGACAAUAUACCUCCCAACACACGCGUAAACGCACAGGCAUACUCACUUCACAGGAACCCUGAAGUGUUCCCGGAGCCGGAAACGUGGGAGCCUAAGAGGUGGCUCAAUGAUGCUAAUUCAUCCGUUGAUUUGGAGGAAAUGAAACGGUGGUUUUGGGCCUUUGGAAGCGGCGGAAGGAUGUGCGUUGGGAGUAAUCUGGCUUUGCAGGAAAUGAAGUUGGCUGUUGCUGCCAUUUACACCAAUUUCAGCACUGUCGUGAUUGACGAUGAGAAUAUCGAAGCGACGGAUGCUUACACAGUGAAGCCAAGGGGGGAUAAACUGGUCCUGCGAUUCAUGCCCCUGUGGCAUUAG